UUGUACAAAAGCUUUUUAAAAAAUGGGUUAUCUUCAACAAUUUAUCUUCUUUAUUCUGGUUGCUCUGCCAUUCAUGUUUAUUUCUCCAACUCAUUCCUCUUUAGCUAAUGGUAAGGUUAAUAUAUUGCCUCCUACCAAUACAAGUGAUAAGGUCACUUUGGCCCUGUACUAUGAAACUUUAUGCCCAUAUUGUGCCGACUUUAUCACAAAUGACCUUGUAAAGGUCUUCCUCAGCGAUCUGUUUACCAUUGUCAAUCUAAAGUUAGUCCCUUGGGGCAAUGCUGACAUUCUUGGCGAUGAACCCCAUUGCCAGCAUGGAGAAGAUGAAUGCUACUUAAAUACCAUACAUAGCUGUGUCAUCUACUACUGGCCUGAUGUGAAAAAGCACUUUGAUUUCAUUCGCUGCACAGAGCAACAAAGCUCAAAGAAACCGCUGGUCAAGAACAGAGCAGCAAUGUGGAAACAAUGCAGUGAAAAGCUGGGAAUGAGUGCUCACAGAAUCAACAAAUGCUAUACUUCUGGAUAUGGACUUAAGCUUCUGCUACAAUAUGCUAAUGAGACUGCAAAGCUAAAGCCACCCCAUGAGUAUGUGCCAUGGGUGGUGGUGGAUAAUCAGCCACUCAAAGAUGACUUUGAAAAUUUUGUGAAAUAUGUCUGUGAAGCUUAUAAAGGUGACCAUAAACCAGAAGCAUGCAAAACACAAGCGGCCAAUGUCAGCUCAACCCAUGAUAAGAUGGCAAACAGAAUACAUCCAGGAUGCUAUGCUAGUGAAAUUGCAAACUUGGGAUAGAACCUUGAAAGAGGCCAGAACUUGUGCUUUGUCCAUUACAGCUGCUUCACAAUUCACCAACUACAUGUAAUAAAACCAGCUUCUAGUUAUCAUUAUUGUUGAUAUCUUUUACAUAUAUGACAUGUUACAGGUGAUCUGUUUACAGUGUCUUCUAUUCUAUGAAUGAAAGAUCAACAUCCUUUUGGUUGUUUUGUUUGAAUAA